AUGGUUAAGGCGUAUUGUUAGUUUCAAGCUGGCAGGGCGUAUUAUAAACAACUCUGGAGUCGGUAGCGCGUAUUUCCAGUCUUGAUAUUGGGUGGCGGAGUUUAAUACGCUGUUUGCAGGAUAACCGAUGGAGCACCGUGGUUCAGAGAAACGUGGAUCUCCAUGAUGACCUGGAGCUUGACUAUCUAAAGUCGGCAUCAGUGCGCCACUUUGAGAAGGCAGCACGACACGAAAACCCUGGCCGCUGGAAAUUACAUACCCGAUCCUGCGGACCGAAUGGUAAACAGUCGCGUCGCCCUUAACAUGUCAUUUCGGAUCCUCCCGAUCCACUAACAGUUUUUUUAGGCACCUCAAGCACCGGUCACCGUUCCCGUCGAAUCCGUCGCUUGCGACGAAGGGCUUGGCGAGAAAAUUAACCGACAUACACAGCCCACUGAGUUACUCGCCGGAUCUUAUUAGUGGGUUGCGUUUUCGAUCCAGUGGUAGAUUCUGCUCUCGCUAGGGCUAGUAUUACCAACACCCUCAGGUUAGAGCCCCAAGAGCUCACCUACCCGUUAGGGUUACGCUGGUAUAGCCUCUCAAGUCACGUUGUGAUUCGUUUUCGUUACAAGAAACAGCAUUAGGCAGCGGCUUGGCUUUGCCCUUGCCAUUGCUGACGUCCAUGGGCAACGGUAACCACUCACCAUCAGGUAGGCCGUAUGCUGGUCUACCUAUAAGGGCAAUAAAAAUAAAUAAAGAAGCUAUAUCUCGAGUCUGGACUGUUGUAUUUACUUAUAAUCUAUAGCUGGGUACCGAAUUUGUGGCCCUGGUACGAUUGAUAUUAAGUGGUUACCUUAACCUCUAGUUAUCACAAUAUGACAGCUGCCACCUGCCUAGCGAUAUGAGGUGUAACUCAAUUAUACACUAGCAGUAACAUUAGUUUCUUUGAUAUCGGAUCGCAUUACAUCAGGUACAGUAGGAGUAGACAGGAUUGUGGUGUCUGUACAGCUUCACUCCCUGUACAACUACCCUCAUUCUAUCUUGUGUACUGGAUGUCAAGUGUUCCGGUGUGAGAGUCGGUCGAAGCCAGUCGACACGGUCUCGAUCGCGUCAUGAGAUCAGAUGCAGCCUGCAUCCGUGUGAUCGGAGACCGGCGUUGUUUAAUGUUGACAUGUGCACAUUUCACACAGCACAUUGUGUUUCGGAGAGCGCACGAUUCUGACGCGCCGCGCUCUUCACACGUUCACAACGUCAAGAAUGCGAGUCGCGUUUUAAUUUCAAUAUUUAUCACAUACACUAAGUGUUUUGUACAAAUUUAUUAGUAAAAGAUUUAUUGGUAAUUAUUUUUGUACUUUUCGAGUGGCAGCCAUGACAAAAGUUGUUCGAGUGUCUUGGUUAUUUUGAAUGUUUUCAAAUCGCGCAUACUUCGAAUGGACUCCAGUUUUAACGGUUCUCGGACCAAAAAUUCUGCAAAUAAAUUGGUAUGAUGGUGAACAGUGACUGCACAUUAAGGUGAAACGGGACGACAACCACUUACAAAAUGGUGGAGUCUCAAUUGUCGGACUCUUUCAAUCUAGACGGCAUCCUUAGUGAGCUCGGCAGCUUCGGGAAGUACCAGUUGCUAUUCUUACUACUGCUAUCAUUCAGAGAUUCCUUCCUGGCGAUGUGUAAUUUCAAUUAUGUAUUCACCGCUGAUGAAGUGAAGUUCAGAUGCGCAAUACCAGAAUGCGAUACACCAACUCCAAGUUUCAACGCUACGUGGACAGCAUUCGCUUUGCCGAACACAACCGAUACCUGCUACAGAAUGGCGCCUCUGCUAGAAGAUCGGUUCAAUAGAACAGGACAGAACGUGCAGUCGUUACCUAACAAAGCGGACCCGCCGUACACCUGCAGCCCUGAGUACUUCGACGCGAACAGAACAUUGGGCUGCGAUAAACUAGUGUACGAGGAUUACAAUAGCAUUGUUGCUGAGUUUGACCUCGGCUGCGAACCUUGGAAGAGGACGAUGAUCGGAACAGUCCAUAACCUGGGAUUAGUCUUCUCGUUUAUAAUAUCCGGGAUCAUAUCCGACAGAUAUGGCAGGAAGGUGAUAAUCGUUGGCACCCCACUGGUGGUCGGUGUGGUCGGGCUGGUCAAAUCGUUCUCAGUUAAAUACUGGAUGCUGCUCGUCCUCGAGUUCUUUGAGACGGCUUUUGGCUACGGAAAUGCUUCGAUGGUUUUGUCUCUAGAAAUGGUAAGCCAGAAACGCCGAGUCAUCUUUUCAUCAAUGUCAGAUGUCCUGUGCAGUCUAGGAAGCGCGUUUUUCGGGUUGAUAGCCUGGAUGGUGCCUUACUGGAGACAUCUCAUGUGGGCUAUAUACGCUCCCUUACUCGUGGUAGUUUUUUAUAUAUUCCUGAUCGACGAAGGCGUGAGAUGGUUACUGGUCCACAACAGGAAGGACGAGGCCGUCAGAGUCCUGCACAAAGUGGCCAAGUUUAAUAACAUAACACUCUCCAGUAAAGCUACAGACAUGAUGACUAAAAUAACAGAGAGGAACAAAACUAGUCAGACAGAGCCACCAGUUGAACAAGAGAGACUCCAUCUCCUUUCUCUUCUCAGUUCAAAGAAGAUCAUCAUUAGGGUGGCUAUCAUUUCGGUGUCGUUCAUCUGUUGCACCUACGUCUACAAUGGCACUAUCAUCACCUCGACCAGUGUACUCGGCAACAAGUACUUGAACUUCUCCGCUCUCCAUCUGGUGUCAAUCCCAACAAGACUGCUCACUGCGUACACCUUCACGAAGUUCGGAAGGAAAAUACCUAUUUGCGUCGCGUACUGUUUGUGCGCGGUCUUCUUCGUUGCUUCAGCGUUCGUCCCAAAAUCCUUCUACUGGGUCUCAACAUUGCUGUACUUAGCGGGUAGGAUGUGUAGUAGUUACGGAAUGUUCAGCAUGACCGUGGUAGCUAUGGAAGUAUUCCCUACUAAGUCAAGAAACUCUCUCACUAAUGUCGCCAACACCAUCGGCAGGAUUGGAUCUAUUUUAGCACCACAAGCACCAUUACUGGAAAAAUACAUGAGUGGUCUCUCGAGCAUCAUUUUUGGAAUAGUAUCUUUGGGACCAGCUUUACUAGCAUUCCUACUACCCGACACGAGUAAGGUUUCUCUACCAGACGACAUCACAGAAGCAGAAAACUUAGACGUACGGCCGGAAGAAUCUGACCCUACAUGUAGUGUUCCUGCAAGUGGGGAAUACAGGGAACGGUUUUGAGAUCACUACUCUUGUUUUAAGAUUGGUGCGAUCUUUGAAAGUAUACUUGAGGUGCAGCGAGUAUGCACAUGGAAUAGGAUUCGGUAUUGGUGGUAGCCCAUGCGUGUAGACAACAGUAUUUUACUCGUUUCUUCUCAAAAACUCAUAUUUCCUAACUUAAAUAGUUCGUUAAACGAAAAGCAAUAUAUAUGGAGAUCAUCUAACAUCUCCAGAUAGUAAUGACCUUCACAUUGCAUUGUCAUUCAAAUCUUCUUGUUCUUCUUUUUCUCCGCGUUAUCCCACUAGAUGAGGGUUGGCACAGCGAAUUUUUCUAUUCCAUACUCUUCUAUCAGCCGUCAUCUCAACACUCACUCCUCUCUCUCUCUCUCAUAUCGUCAUUCACACAUUUCAUCCAUGUUUUCAUCGAUCGACCUCUUCCCCCUCUACCUUGCACUACCAUUUCCGUACACCUUCUAAUCACAUGCAUCUCCUCUCUACGCAUCACAUGUCCAUGGCAUGCUAACCGUCCGCUCUUUAAUUUGUCAAUCACAUCAUUGUCAUUCAAAUAAUAGCUGUAAUUUAACCUUGAAAUUUGAUGCGUGUGAUAGCUUCCUUACAGAAAUAGACAGGCUAAUGGAGUCAGUCUGUGCAAGCUCAGUGUGCGCCCCAGGCAACUCCGCCUAAUAUUCAUACAAUUGAACGCUCGAUUGAUUAGUUCUCUGUAGUAGUAAUUAUGAUCUAUUGUUCCUUACGGCGGCUCCUACUAGCUACCACACAGUGAGUGAUGGUACCUGCGAUAUUUUUAAGUUACUCUGGGUAAAAGUAUGUUAAUAAGUUAAGUCAUAUUAUUAAGGUAUUGUUUUUUGUUUAUUUAAUAAAUUUUAUACGAAUUCA